UUAUGUUCAAGGAUGCCCGUUGUGACGAGCACCAACACAGAGCUCCGCACCAGCAGCGAGUGGAGCGCCAUGCGGCCGCCGCAGGAGACAGGUGCCUCGAGCCUGGCCACGUGCGCCGGCGCGUUCCUGGCGGUGGACGGGCAGCUAUGCGCUGGGCCUGUGUCGCCCUCCACUUGGCACUCGUCGCUGCCGAUGACCUGGAGCAACCCAAAGCAGGGGUCGGGGAACUGCGGCUAUCUCCACUGGCACGCUUGCACAUUGAGAAGGACCCCGAGCGCUUCGACUUCUUCGGGGAGCUCCGCGAGGACCAGUGCCAAGACGACCUGGACUGCGGCCGCUCUAGUGGCCGCACCUGCAUAAGAAGGCCCAACGAUGCGGCCGGGCGGUGCCACUGUCCCGCCGAACAGUCGCUGCAGGACGGCCGCUGCGUUCCGGUUCCGACGGAACCCGGUUGUAAGGACAGUUCUCAAUGUGGCAGCCAGUACCUUGAGUGCGUCGAGCAACGCUGUCGCUGCAUGCCCCCAAACGUCCUCCAUGGCUCUGCUGGCUGUGGCCCCGCACCAGAGCCGGCCAAGUCGUCGUGGCUCUCUCCGCUCGCCUUUCUCUUCUCCAUUCUGCUUCUAAUGACCUGCACCGUCUUCCUGACAAGGUACCGGAAAGAGGACGACGGCUUCGACGAAGAGGAGCUGUCCGAAGCGGGAGCCAGCCCCUGGGAACGCUCGGGACUCCGUGGCCUGUUGGCCAAACGGCUCGGGGUCCAGGACGGACAAGGCGCAGCCGUCCAAGGCCAGAGCAGACCUCCGGCUCUGUCUCCGUCGGUGAGCCGGCAGGUCGCGGAGCAGCUACCUCCGGAGGACCCGCCAGCCCCUGAGCCACCGCCCCACCAGCAAAGCGAGGAACAGCAGCGAGAUUGGCAGGAUCCCCUCUUCACGACCAACGUACAAGAGGCCGCGCCUUCGACGUCCCCGGUCGUGCAGCGCAGGUCGAGCGACGACGUGCGCCUGCCACCGUUCGUGGCCACCAGUCCCGUGCAGCCGAGUGAACUUGGCGUCCCAAACUCCGUGCCCGUGCAGCGCCUGCGCCGAGGCCUGGAGCUCGUCAGCGCAGGGCCCAGGGGGCUCAUGCUGCAGCACCUGCUCGACGGAAGAGACCUGUUCGAGCGUGAGGAAGAGACCAGCGACGAGACACGGCCUUCCAAGAACGUCCAGACGGACAUCUCCCUGGCGCCGGCCGUCAUCCCGUUCGCGGCUAUGGAGACCAGCUCUUGGUCCUUCAUGUGCACCCAGGGCACAGACUCCGGAGACUCGGCCAAGCAGCCGACGGAGAACCUGAACCCGUUGAAGGACGUGGACCCCGCCCGGGCGCAGUCCCCGGCUGCCGACGCGCAGGAGAUUGGCGCCGCGGUGAAGAAGCCGGACGACGAGGACAAGCGUCUGUUGGGAGACAGCGGCGAGGUGCCGCCGCUGCGGUCUCCGCCGCCCGUCCACGCCAAUUCACCCUACUGUCUCAAGAAGACAUCGAGCGACGAGCUGACGCGGCUGCUGGUCCAGGAGCACAGACCCGUGCGGCGCGUGGAAGAGCUGUCUUGCGAGCCGUACGACGACAGGAUCGGUGCCAGAGGGCCGGAGAUGAGCUCGCGCCCCGAAGACGAGACGUCCUUCCAGUCAUUCGACGCCGACGCCGACACCAGGGCCAGGGCCGUGCUCUUGCAGGCGUGCCGGUCGCCUCGGAGCGAGGUUCAAUAAAGUGUCUUAAUUGUUCUC